AGAAGAUCGAUCGGUUAGCAUCUGUUUAUCAGGAACAGAAACCGUCAGCAACUUAUUGAUACAUCAAAUUGUUUUCUUUUUCUCUCUCUGUCCGUUUGGGCGGUAUUUCACUGAGAGUGGACACGUCCGCGACGGUGUUGAUCUAUUUCCGCCACGGGACUCUUCACGUGACGCUUCGUAGAUUUUACCUGCCGUCGUAUUUUCCGUCUCUUGGUUUUUCUUUUUUUUUGUAUUGUAGGCCCCGACCUCCGCGUGUUUUCGCCAUCUCUCACAUUUCUCGUACCUAUUUCAAGAAGAGGGGCAAUUGAUAUACUAGACUGCGAGUGCCACGAAUACAGGGAAGGAACCUACGCCCUUGGCAAGGUGUACGCGAUUCAACCUUGUCUGCACACUCCCAUUUCAUUGUUCUUCUUGUGCUCCUUCGUGCAUGCUGAACACACAACAAUAGCUUUUUUCUUUUGAAAUUCGCUACGAUCGAAACACUGCGGCUGCAAACCAUUCAAAUCUAGCACUUCAAUAUAUAUGUACGUGAGAGGAAAAGGAACCUGCUCUACCGCUGGCCCUUGCAAAAGUACCUCUGUUGCUCUCUUUCUCUAUUUCUGCCGUCUGCAGAGUAAAGAGUACUUGUGCACAACUCCCUGCUCUUGAUAUAAUAGUUAAUUGUCCGUGAAACCAAGGAACGUUUUCCAGGGAGCCCGGCUUCGCUCUUGCGUUCUAGAUCGCACUCGAAGCCAUCUGGGGAGCAAGCGAUACAUUGUUUUUGCAUUUUUUGUCUCAUUUUUUUCUGAGGGGUUUUCGCACGUAGACGUUCUACUUUAUACCUCUAUUGUUUUUCUUUUCUUUUAUUAUUGUUAUUAUUAUUGGCUUUCUCAUUUGGAGGUCUUUGGCCACUUGUAAUAACUGUGAUUUAUUUCUUCCUGCUCUUCUCUUUAAGCAUCACUUGGCUCCAUUUUUUUUUUCUCUCCCUUUGUCCUCCUCUUUACUGCGUCAACGGAAUUUCUUCUACAACUGCUGCUGUCGUUUUUGUCGUUGUUGUUCCCACCCCCACCCCUGUUUUAGGCGGCAGAAAGGAGUUGCUGAGCAGCUGAGGUGAAUUUGAACUCAAAUCUCAAAACUCGACACACUGCGGAGCGCCGAAACGUUUACCCCUAAUUUUAUCUUUCUCUUUGUGUGAGUGUCUUUUUUUUUAUCCCUCCCCCCUUAUUUUCCCAUCUCUUUCUGUCUGUGUGUGUUGCCAGUGAAUCCUUUCGUGAGCGUGUUAUACAAGUAUAGUUUCCAGCAACAUUCACCCCCGUGUUUGCUUCUUGUGUGUGUAUUCUCUUUCCUCAUCUUUCACUGUCACUUCCACUUCACAUCAAUCCUUUUGCUGUUGUUGGUCGUUUUUACUGCUUCUCAUCGACGCCUUUUAUUUACUGGCUCUUCUCGUCAUCAACUUGCUCCUUUCCAUUCCUUUUUCUUUUCUUUUCUGGCUCGUUUUUGCGAUUUGCGUGACGACGCAGAGGAUCGUUCUUCGCUCUUGUCUUGUCUUUUCCUACGUGGUGUUUUGUUCGCCGCGUUGCGUCCGCUUUGUAUCACGGUAGAUAGCCGUUACCCGCUGCUAUUCCUCUCUCUAUUUCUUGUACUUCACCCGGCGCGUUUUAUCUCUGUCUCGGGCAGUGCUGCGACGUCUAUUUGUUGUUUGUUUGUUUGUUCUCGCUUCUUUUCCUCUUUCUUUCUUUUUCCUUGCCGUCAUCGCCCGCGAGUCCGCUCAGCUCCUCCUUCCCCUACCCCCCCCCCCCCCUCUGUGACGGUGCUCCACGUUUUAUGUGCUCGCCUGCCCGAAGUCGUUGGCGCAGUUCUACAUCGAUCCGGCUUCGGCGGUUUUAUUGUUGUUGUCCAGCGCCUUUGCCAAAGGGCUCUUUUCCCGCUCCCCCUCUAUUUUCUAAAACAAACAUAAACGCACUACGUGUGUUGUUUAACGUUCUCCUUCGCUCACAUGUCAUCGCCUUCUCACUCACCCUACCGCAUGCAACAUCAAACAUCUCCGUAUGGGGAUGUCGAUGACGAGGCGUCGGAUCUGCCACCCUCACUGACGGCUGCGGCAGCUCUCACCGCCCAGAGGAGUAGCAGCGCAAACGGCAAGAACACGACCACGAACGCCAGCACUAAUGAUUGCGGCGGCGACACCGCGGGUCAAGCCGCGCCGUCCGCGAUGCAAGGGCAGGUGCAGCGACGCCUGUCGGACGCCAACGCGAGUCACACCACGUCUAUGGGCUCCUCCCUCACGCGCCCCCUCUCAUCGCCGUCUCGCAAAGCACCGCCGUCGUCAAGCAAAGCGGAGACAGGUGCAAUGAAUCUGACAAGCCAGCAGCAGCAGCAGCAGCAGAAAGAAGACGAGCCGCAAAAGCCACCGCCGCCACCGUCUUCGUCCACGGCGCUGUCACCUGCAGAGGUACAGAUGCCGACGAUUGCACCGUCCACCGCUGUUCCGCGUUCUAGGGCGCCGCACCGCACCGUCGGCUUUGUCGACACGCCGGCUGCUGCUACGGUGGUCACGCCGCGACAGCCCUCGACCGACCCCACCGACCUGCACGUGUCUGUCCUGACGGUAUCAGGCAACCAAUGGACGUCCGGCUCUAGCGAUGUAGAGACCCAGCGCCCGAGCGAGGCGUCGACGGAGCCGGCACGCAACUCAGCUCGCACGGCGGACACCACCUCAAAAGAAGCGGACAAAGAAACGGCCGUGCCUGCGGGGGCAGAGGCACCGUCGGCGACGAGAUCGCAGACGAACGAACCGACACAGCUGAACAGCAGCACGGACGAGGGUGCGGGAGACCGUAAUGGCGACACGAGAGAGGAAGGCGCAGGCGACAACCGCCCCUCCACACACUCGCGGUACAAGACGGCCUACGCGAACCUGGUCAUCAAGAAGCCCAGCCAAAGCAACACCCCUGACACCUGUGCGAUCGCCACCGACGGGACCACGAUGCUGCCCGGGAUGGAUCCACGCGACGAGGCCCAGAUUCGUGCGGCGGGCACGCUGAACUCCGCACGCCUGCCAGUGUUCGAUCGUGCCAAGCAAGUUCUGCUCACACCGGGUCUCAAUAACCUACUAUCGCCUCGAGGACGGCACAGCCGCACGGCGAGUAAUCAAGCAGACGGGGCCUUUGCCCACACUCGCUCGAACAGCAACAGCACCACGCCGCUGUCAGCGGUAGGGCAGCGCUUCACCACCCUCAUCACGCCCCUCCUACGCACUCCCGUGCACCGUCAGCAGAGCAGCGGCAUCAGCUCCCCUCUCAUUGUCGACUACUCGCUGCUGGAGGUACCGGCGCAGUCGCCCGCCACCUUCGGCGCGCAAUUAACAGUGGAGGACGACACGAAAGACGACGAGAGCGUGAAGACGCACAUGGUGUGGCAGAUACGCACGGGUCGGACGCACUUCGCGCUCUCGCCCGAUUUUCUUCUCAUCCCCGUUAACGACCGCGUGUGCAUUCACUGGUACGACGACUCCGAGGAGGUGUUCGAGACGGACAACACCUACCUCAACGUCGUCCCUGGCGGACGCCACAGCUGCUACAACGUCGCUGCGACCCCGCUCGAGGCGAACGAGAUGCAAGAUGUGUCCGGCGCUCCCGGGGAGGACAACCGCAACGAGGCGUCGAGUCACGCACUGGGCAGGACGCGGGACAGUCCUCCCGGCGCCGCCGCGCUGUGUCCGCCGACGGAGGUGACGGGUGCUGGCAGGAAAGGCGGCAUCAGUUCGCCGGUGUGGAUUCGCGUGCGCACCCCACGCACGGGGCGGACGGACUCCUUCGGGGAGUCGUUUAAUCAGAUGGAUCCCGGUGCGCGCGGCCCGCCGACGCUCCGCCAAGGCCUACGCGCGCGUCGCUUUGCCUCGGAGGUUUUUAUGACGCGUGAGGAAGACGACGGCGGCAGUGGCGUUGACGCAGCGCAUCACCCGCGAUCGCGCAGUGACACCAGCUGGCGUGAUGCCAACGUUGCCGUUAGCAGCGCGACCCCUCUCAUCACGAACCACUCGCGUCAGCCGAGCGCUAACUGGAUGGUGCAGCGCUCCGUCACGCGGCAGUCCUUUGGCGAGAACUACCAAUCGUUUACCAUUUUCUUCCGUAAACCGGGUGAAUACUACUUUGUCUGCUCGAAGCACAAGCGGACCAUGCGGCUGCACGUGCAGGUGCAGUCCAAGAAGUCCCUCAUUCGCUGGCGCUACGUCUUCGUCGUCGCCGCGGCACUCCUAGUGGUCGCGUUGAUUGUGAUUGUGGUGGUGGUGCUGGCGUACUGGAUGCACCACAGCACGUACCUCUACGGUAGCGGGGGCGCCGCCACGGACGAGCAGUAUAUAGCCUUUCUCCACAUUCACGACUUGAUCACGAUGAAGCUGUUCCCUUUUUUGGCGGUGGGCGUGCUUGUUAUACUCCUCGUCAUUCUCGCCGCGAUUGGAUGGGCGGUAUACCGGUGCUUCCAUCCAGCCCGACAGGGCGCCUACACACGUGGCGUGCGCACGAACACCCGCCGUGUCUUCGUCUGCGGCACCGUUCUCCUCACCUCCGCGCUCAUCGUUCUCCUCUUCGUCGCUUUUGGGUUGGAGAUGAAUGUGAUGAACGGCGUGAAUCAGCUGGCGCUCUCCCUCGGCUCCGGUGUCACCAACACCCUCAACCUCUACUCAACCGCCGUUUUGCAGGUGAACUACGCGGUGAAUGAGACCAAAGCUCUGUUUCCUGACAUCGACCUGCCUGUCGACAAAAUCUACAACAUCACCGAUGAGGUGAGCAGCCUCAUGAGCCAAGUCAUCAAGUGGACGUCCUUCGUGGAGGACAUCGCCCAGGUCGCCUUCCGUGCCAUUCCCAUUGUGAUUUACCUCGCCAUGCAGCUCGGCCUCUUCGCGGCGUGUCUUACCAUCGGUGCCCUCAUAUUGGACUUCCGCAAUGCAGCGGUGGCGACGACGUGGAUGUUGGCGGCCAGUCUCGGUGUGAUUUCCAUCGUGUGUGGGAUUGAAUUCGCCAUCACGAUUCUCUUCCGCAACGUCUACAGCAGCGUGGUGGUGCUGCGUGAUGACCCGGCGGACUUCGGCGCCACCCUCGGCCUCGCCAACGACAGCUUUGUCGCGGAGCUGCUCUCCUACUGCACCAUCACUGUCGCCGACGUGAGUGUGAUUUCGAACUACGUGAACAGCAUCUUGUCCAGCAUCAACUCCACCUUGGACGCGAAAGGGCAACAGGAGUUUUCAACAGCCUUUCAGUUUUUUCAAGAUAUGGUCCCGACUACCUUGGAGGCGCUGGUGAACGACACCGAUUACGCCUUAGCGAACCUCGACACGCUGCAGCGAAUUCUGGACGAGAACGGUGAUCAGGUGAACGCGCUGAUUCAUGACAACGUGGUGUCGCUGCUGCGGACCGUCUUGACAGUCGUUCAAACCCUCGAGGGUCUCCUAAACUGUCAGGUCAUUCGCGACAUCGUCUCUGCUGCCAUUCCCAUCCUGGAAAACGAGGUAAAGAGCUACAACACCGCCGUCUUUGCGUUUCUGAUCAUCGUCUUCGCUGUCAACUUCGUACUGCUGUUUUUUUCGGCCGGUGCCGCAUACGCGCUUCGCCACCCGCGGCGGACGUGGUGCAACAUGCGAACCGGCCGCUGGUUCCGCUUCCGCUACUCCUUCAAAACGCACCUCCACACCCUCAUGCAAGGCACCAAGGCGAAGGCGCGUGACAAGACGGUGCUGCACUGGAUGGUGCAUCACACGCAGCCCAUCAUGUAUCAGCUGCAGAGCGUGAGACUGAUCUGUUACUCCGCGUGUGCGCUCAUGUUCUUUGACUGCAUUCUCAUUGUCCUCUUCGACGAAGUCUCGCGCGGCACGCGCACGUCCAAGAUGUUGCAGGCGCUUACGUAUUUGGGUUGCGCGGUGCUUCUAUUUCUGCUGCUGGCAGCGCUGUUUCGCCGCGCCUUUAUUCGCCGGAUCUUCCGCUCCUGCUCGCUGCUGUGCGCCGCGGCCUGCCUCGGCCUGUCGCUGUCGCAGACGAUCGUUGGCUUUGUGUACUUUUUCCAGUGCCUGAACCACACCCGCUACGAGACGAGCUCGCUGACCUACGGCAGUCCCGUGUACAUGACCUGUUCCGCCACGUACAUGGGGUACAACCUGGAAGUCGCCAUUUACGCCGUUAUCAUCUUUCUCAACAGCAUCACCGUCGUUGUUACUCUGGUCAUUUACCUCCGAUAUGAGCGCAACUUGCAGGCCAUCUUCCAGCGCCGCCAUUACGUCGGCUUCCUCUCCCCACUGGAGGGGUUCUUCCCAUGUCUCCGGUGCAUCUUUGUGGAUUACCUGUUCGUGAAGCGCAUCUGCCACGGUCUGCUGAUCUUCGUGACGAUUCUCUUUCUCGUGCUGUUUGCGGUGCUCGAUGUCGGGCAGUGGUCCGUCAUCCGCGGUGUGACGAAGAAGACGUUGAAGGACUCGGACAUGAUCCAGGUCAUAGACCCGGAGAUCGGCUGCAACGGCGACGCGAAAUACUGCGACCUGCGCGCGAACGAAAUCAUUUGGGCCUGCGCGCACAACGCCCACAGCAGCCUGGAGGACGGCUUUGUGUUGCCGAACCACUAUUACAACAUCACGCACCAGCUGACGGCCGGCGUACGCAGCUUCAUGGUGGAUGUGUGGUACGACAAGGUCAACUCGUCGAUCAGCGACGAGGAGGACGUGUACGUGUGCCACAUGGUGUGUCUGAUGGGUCGUCGACGAUGGCGCGACAUCGCGAGGGAGUUCAAAGAGUUCCUCGACCAGUACCCCGAGCAGGUGAUCAUGAUCAUCUUUGAGCAGUACGUCAACAGCAGCUCGCUGGGCGAAAUAUCAGAUGACGUGGGCCUGACGCAGUAUGUGUGGCGCAGCGAGCAGGUCGCCCCGAACUUCAACCCGGACUACAAGUGGCCGACGCUGCGGCAGCUGAUCGCCUCGAAGCAGCGCGCGAUGGUGUUCAACGACGAGCCGGCCAUCUCCAACCUGAGCCUCAACUGUCCCGACUGGCUCUACUACUCCUUUGACUACCAGUACGAAAACUACUACGAAACACCGAAUGUUUCGUCCUGGGUGUGUGACAUCCACCGUGGAUGGUGCACGGACGACCCGAAACCGAAGAAUUGCACUAACAGCAGCGGCAGCAGCGACAGCAGCGACAGCACAAGCAACAGCGGGUGCGGCGCCGACUCGUCUCUUUCCGCCGCCUCGGACUCGCACUCUGCAUAUCUUAUCUCGCUCGACAUCACUAACUGCACGGUGUACGGCGCCGACCCGCUCUGGAGGAACGGCAGUGCGGUGUACAACGCGGUGUUCCACACGAACCCGCCCAACAUCCGCAGCAAGAUGAGCACGAUGAACCACUUUAUCACGAGAGGCGGCGGGUCGCCGGUGCACGCGACUGAGGCGAACCAGCCGCAGCAAAUUCAGUCCACCACCUUCAUGUGCUCCUCGACGUGGAACACGGUGGUGAACAUCCUCGCAUUUGACUUUUGGAACAUCGCCAACCCCCUUGGCACCAUUGAAAGCAUGAAUCAGAACAUCGCGAAGCACGGCAAGGAGAGCAACUUUCGUGAUCAGUGGAGUAAGAUGCUCUUCGGCACCGACACCGGUGCGUAA